AUGGAUUUCACGUCUGAUACGACGAAUUCGCACGACACAUCUAAUUCGCACUUAAGUCUGGAAGACGCUGUGGGCCCACAUCAAGCUGGUGAAGUGGACGCAAACAUUGAUGAGGACGAGAAACAACAACUAUCGCUAUUGAACGAUGAAGAGUUACGCGGCUUGAAGCUACAGGAAGAGAAGGAAGCCUUGUUGACAAGGAGAAAUACUCUUUUGCAAGAAAUCCAGACAUACCAAAAUAUCUUAAUGAAAGAAAAUGCUGGUAAGAAACCUAAAAAUGGUGAUAUCCUGCAAAAUGAUAUUACACAAGAUUUUCUUGAUUUAAUCUCGAUUUCAUCUUCCAACCCCAAUUUGGCGAUAAACGACCGCAAGCGAGUCGAGAGUAUCAAUGGGCUAACUAAUUUGCAAAAAGAACUGGUAACGAAAUACGACACGUUACCUUUGUUAAAUAUGAAUCUACGCCUAAGUUAUUUAAGAGAUCACACGUACCCGCAUCUUCAAGUUUCUGUGCAAUCCAGAGACAGGAUGCAUAACGAUGGAAUUGAGGUUUUGGUGGUCAAUUAUAAAUUCUGCAGAAAUACGAUGAAUCCUUUCGAAAUUCAGUACAAAAUGUUCUACAAAUUUGAAGAUUCCACAUUACUGAAGUGGGAAAUCCUACGAAUUUCCACAAACGUUAGACUGAAAGCCAAGCAAUUACUGGCAACGCGUAAUUUCCAGAAGUGCCUAUUAAGCCUUUAUGAAUUUGAUAAGAUCAAAUCCAGAAAAACCGGGAUUUUCCAAAAUUUAAUCAACUUAUUGAAAAGGAAAACCAAAUGUUAUUUGAUGAAUAAUGGUGACUCAUUGGUCAUCGAAAGAGUUAUCAGAGAAGGAGGACUCACAACAUUAAAAUUGCAGAUUAAUUUUAUCAUUGUAAUGCCUGGUGAGAGGGGUAAACCUCGUAAUUGCUUCCUGCCUAUGAGUAAAAUCUCAAUAACGUUAUGGAAGGGUGGAGAAAGAUUCAACCAAAUGGAUUUGGACGAGAUAUGCUACGGACUAAUCAAGGAAUAUGGUGUGGGAACCGGGUUAAAGGAAAUCUGCAAUGUUUGUUUAUUUCCGGACAUUUACGCCAGAUGA